AUGGCAACAGGAGACCUAAAAGGAAGUUUAAGAAAAAUUGAACAAGGACUUCGCUUGUUAAAUUAUCCAAGAGAUGUGGAUUAUACAGUGUUGGUAAAGGGUGAUCCAGCUGCAUUUUUACCUAUCAUCAGCUAUGCUUUUACAUCUUUUUCAACUUACAUAGCAGAACUUUUGGUGAAGUGUGAUGUGGAACUCACAGCAAAGAGUGACUUGCGAUUUAUUGAAGCUAUUUAUAAGCUUCUUCGAGAUCAAUUUCAAUAUAAACCAAUUUUAACAAAACAGCAAUUUCUUCAGUUUGGCUUUGCAGAGAGAAAAAUGGAGAUUGUUUGUGACAUCAUCAACUGUGUGGUGAAAAAACAUAAGGAAUUAAGUAACUCGAAUAAGGCUAAAUCCAAAACGAAGAAAAAACUCAGAUCUUUUAAAUAUGAAGUAUGGUCAAAUUGUGGUAAUGUCCUUGCUGAUCCUAGUGGCAGUGCUCUUAAUUCCAAACAGAAACCUCGAGUAGAACGGCACUCAGGAAGUGAAGUUAAUGAUCUUCAUCCACGACCCCUUCCAGCACAGGGAGGUAAUGAAGAUUUGUGCCUAGAUCAUGAUGUUGUGGAAGUGCAGUGCGAACAAGUCACACAGGAUAAUUCCGAGAUUGAGUUCCUAAAGAGUCAGCUUGCUGAUUGCCAGGAAAAGCUUCGCAAACUAGAUUGGAUGGAAGAUAAACUACAUGUUUUAGAAGAGAAACUGGAAGGAAAGGUGAUCAUAGAUGAGAAGGACUGGAAUAACUUGCUGAGUAGAGUUUUGCUUCUUGAAACAGAACUGUUGUUGCAAUCCAAAAAGAAAGACUUACCUACAGAGUUCAGCAAUGUAACUGAAGAAUGUACUUCUAGUAGGAUUCUAGUUUCUCCUAGUACAGAAAGGAAGGAGGAGAUGCCAGAGAGUCUUCAUCAGUUGUCUGGAUAUAGUUUGCUAUUAUCCACAGACCCAUCUCCCAAAGCCAUGACCAUUAAUUCUCAUGAUCUGACAGAAGUUUCAAAGGAGACAACAAGGCAAAGAAUGGAAAGGAUAAGUAAAAUAAUUGAAGAAACCUCGGAAUUGUUGAAAACAUCAAGCAACGCCUCUGAGAAGACCUGA